GGAUUUGAAAUCGGAGAUCCCGAUUACCUCAAAGAUGCUGCGGCUUCUGGGCCUUUGGUGCUGCUGGGCCUUCAGUUCAGUUUCGUCUGACAGCACAACCACCGGUCGGAGCACCCAGCUGUAUGUGCAGCCCCACCUGAGCAUCGGCAGCUGCCUGGAUUAUUGCCACUUCAGAUUCAUUCCGUUCCUGCCAUGCAUCGACGACAACAAUCAGUUUGCGAGUAGCCCGGCGGAGGCCUGUGGCAGAGGCAACUGCGAUUCAGAGCACUUUGAGCUCAACUACAGAACCAGCGAUGGAGUGGAGGUGGAGUCCCGCAGGAAUCACGUGGAGAGAACGAGACUUGGCCGAUUGGCCAACUUGCGGGAGCUGUGCCUGGACGAUAGGGGUUUCCCCGUGAGGCGCAGAUGUGAGAUCCGCAAUGGCACCACGGCGUGGCAGAGCCUGAGCAACAUCACCUGUCGAACCGGCCGGAAGCUGAGCUCGAAUCUGAACCGAUUGGCUGUGGAGGGUGCGCCGGAUAUGAUAAUCAGAUUGAGCCACCUCCUGCGCCAAUCCCACGAACCACUGAAGCCUGUCGACAUCUUCAGCAUUGGCCAAAUCUUCGAGUCGCUCUUGCAGAAGCCGAAGAAUGCCUCUUUCGUGACCGAUCUGCUGGACAUCUGCCUGCGCGUGAUGGCCACCGACUGGGAAACACUGCAUCUCUCGGCCGAGCUGAAUGCCACCAACACACUGCUGUCCAACUUUGAGGACUACCUAGAUGCCCUUCCACCCCAGAUUGUGCCCAAAGAGAGCUGCAGCGUUGAAGCCAUGGGACAUAGUCACGUGUCUGGGGUGAAUGGCGUCUACGCUCUCAUCAGCAACGAGCUCAGUGUGUUCUUUGUGAAUCCGGACUGUGCCAAUGUGACGGGCAUCGCCAUACACAGUGUGGGAUCUGAUCGACAAGAAGGCGCCUCCCCACAUGCGGCAGUCUUUGGCUACAGUCCUUUGAGUUCAUCCGAGAGCCUGGAGAAUAUCAGAGCCAGGAAGGGGCUGGAGACAGCAGCCUUUGUGCCAGAACCACUGUGGAGAUCGCUGAAGCAGAAGGGAGCCACAUACCUGGUCUUCAAGGUCUACACACGCGAUUCCCUCUUUAUGGAAACGGAGAGCAGCGCGCGCAUUCCGAGCAGUGCCGUCAUAUCCAUAUCCAUUCCUGGAAUGAAGGAUAAUUCCCUGCCUCUGAAGCUGCCGUUUUUCCUGCGCAAUGGAAACACACACUCCUCCCUAAUGGCGGGUGGAGGGUGUGGCUACUGGAACUAUGAGACCUGGCUGAGCGAUGGGAUUACCACCUGCAGCAAUGGCAGUUCUGAUCCCAUCAUCCUCUGCCAUGCCGAUCACCUCACACAGUUCUCCUUUCUGCUGGGCAUCAGCAGGAGUCAGACGGGUGUGGACCAAUACGAGGAUGAUCGAACCUUGGACAUGAUCACUAAUGUGGGACUGAGCCUGUCGCUAUUCGGACUUCUGGCCAUCUUCCUGACUGCGGCGCUCUUCAGGCGCUUCCGGCGCCUGGCCUCCACCAAAGUGCUGCUCAAUCUCUGCCUGGCAUUGGCUCUGCAGACACUGCUCUUCAUGGAUAUCGGCAAGGGGGAGCUGCUGCGGCUAGUGCAGUUCGGGGAUAGCUGCCUGAUUGGGGGCGCCCUCAUGCAGUACUUCCUGCUGGUCGUCUUCAGCUGGAUGCUCAUCAUCGGCUUCCUGCAGUUCAAGCGCUAUGUGAAGGUCAUUGGCGUCACCUAUCCCCGCCAUUAUAUUUUCAUAUCCGCCCUGGUCGCCUGGACCUUGCCGCUGGUCCCCACCCUGUUACUGGUUGAACUGGAUCCAGCCUCGUACAGGCCCCCCCAAGAGUCGCCAGAUAUGCCGCCCACUUUCCUGUGCUACCCCUCCGGCCACGGUCUGUACCUUGCCGUGGUCCUUCCCAUUGCUCUGGUGACACUGGCCAACGCCCUGAUGGUCGGCUACAUCACCAUCAGCGUCUACCGAGCGCUGAAUACACGAGGCCAGCAUGUGCUCCAGCAGCUGCGGCUUUUUGUGCUGCUCUUUUUCCUGUUGGGCCUCACGUGGAUCUUCGGAUUCUGCAGCUACUUCCAGUGGGGCAGAGCCUUCUCCUACCUGUUUUGCCUGAUGGCCACGCUGCAGGGGUUCGUGCUGUUUGUUUAUUUUAUUAUCUUUAACAUAGACAACCGCUUAGCCUGGUUGCAUCUCAUCUGCAAAUGGAAAUUCAGGGAAGAGCUAGACAUUGUCGCACUGCGCGCACACGACAAGUCGGCGUUCAGUCGCUCAAGCCAAUUAUCAAAUUCAUCAAACUAUUAAGAAUGCAUAGUUUAUAAUGCCAAUAAAAUAGAUACUAUAAUUAUUAGAAUAUAAAAUAUACUCCUAAGUAACUGUGCAACCAUUAGUCAGUUUUUGCUUAAAUAAAAUAAUAAAUUGAA